UUUGGACUAUGAGGCUGUGGCAUGUGGAGGGUUUUUAUUUACCCUCUCAAAAAAAGGGUUUUAGGCAUUUCAUCUCUUUCCCUCUUCUUCCCUUCGUUUCUGUCUCUCCCACUUGUGAGAAACCCACCAAGACCCCCCCAUAUCUUGCCCCUCCAAGACCCAGAAAUUUACCGUCUUUGCCACUCCAAGACACCAACAACAAGCAAACAAAACGGCUUCUUGUAUGGUAAACAACACUAGCAGCAAGCUAGCUAAACUUGCAGACAUCAUGACUGCUAUGGGGUUUUUGUCUUCUACUUCACAAACUGCUGCUACCCCUUUUGGUCGACCAUUUUGCCCUUCUUCUUCUUGGGUUUCCCGGUCUAGUUCGAGGCACUUCUUUUUCGCUUCUUCUAGAGCCUUGCACAGGCGAGAAAUGUGCACAAUGCAGAGUGUUCACUAUGCUUUUCUUAAAGCAACCAUGUCAAGUAGUUCCUCUCAUUGCCAUCAUCCCAAACAUAUGAGACUUAAGGUCGCUGCUUCUGAAUAUGCUAGGAUGGUGCAUCCUGACCCAGAUCAGUGUCUUUCUGACAAUGAGUGUGAAGGAGUGAGUGUUGACCAGAGAAACAAUGAAAGGCCAGCAAGUUAUGGAAAGUCUAUGGUGACAUCUUCUCAAGUAAAUGCUUUUAUGGUUACACCCAAAAGUACUAGCAUACCCAACACUGAGAAUUCAUGGGCAAACGAAGCCCUCAGGAUGAGGGAAAGUAAGGAGAUGACAAAGGAGAGUUUUAAAGGUAGUAGUUCUUCUUCCAAUGACCAACGAUACUUGAAUCUGAAGCUUACUGGCUCACUGUUUAGAACAACUAAUAAAGAAGAAUCGGUUUCUGGAAAUAGUGGAAACAAUAUUUCUCCUUUUGAGAGUCAUUGUCUACCCCAACCAACCAGUAAUAAACCAAUGUCCAGAGACAACAAUAUAGCUACUGAUGAAAUAAAUGGUUCCAAGCAGCUGAAAGGUUUAACUAGGACUGAAGUUUCAAGUAAUAGAUCAUUGGCAGGGCUGGCCUUGGAUGACCGCCAAGGCAUUGGAGCCGUUGGAGGUAGUAAUUUUCUUUCCAAGGAUCAUUUUCCGUGCCAUCCAACUAGAAGUAAACAAAUUUCUAGUGCCAACAAUAUAUCUGCCAAUAAAAUAAAUGGUUCCAAACAGUUGAAAGGUUCAACUGAAACAGAAGCCUUAAGUAAUGGCUUGUUGCAAGGGGCAGUUUUAGAUGACAACCAAGACACAGGACAUAUGGAUCCUAAUGUAACCAGAAGGGACCAAGCCGAUGAAAAUAGGGUUGCUAGUAAUGAAGAAACUCAUGUAGUUUUUCGAGAAGAUAUUCACAAACAGCUUGCUGGGAUUUAUGACCAGGUUCUUGUUGUAGAUAAUAUCUCUGUUGCAAAGGAAGUUGUUCUGAUGCUUACAACUCAAUACAGGCAUCUUGUUCAUGCAUGCGAUACUGAGGUAUCUAAUAUUGAUGUGAAGAAAGAGACUCCUGUUGAUCAUGGUGAGAUAACAUGUUUCAGUAUUUAUUCUGGAGCAGAUGCAGAUUUUGGAAAUGGGAAGUCCUGUAUCUGGGUAGAUGUUCUAGAUGGUGGUGGCAGGGAUCUUCUGAAGGAAUUUGCUCCAUUUUUCGAAGAUCAAUCUAUCAAAAAGGUGUGGCACAAUUAUAGCUUUGAUAAUCAUGUUAUUAAGAACUAUGGGCUUGAGGUUUCUGGAUUUCAUGCUGACACAAUUCAUAUGGCACGGUUGUGGGACUCAUCAAGACGAACAUCUGGUGGUUAUUCUCUUGAAGCACUUACAGGUGAUAGAAACAUUAUGCAGAGGACCAAAUGGCGCAAAGAAGAAAAGGAAUUGAUUGGUAAAACAUCAAUGAAAACCAUUUUUGGCAAGAAAAAAUUGAAAAAAGAUGGAUCUGAGGGCAAAAUUAUCACCAUUGCCCCUGUUGAAGAGCUACAGCGGCAAGAACGCAAAUUAUGGAUUUGUUAUUCUGCCUUAGAUGCAAUAAGCACACUGAGACUUUAUGAGAGCUUGAAAAACAAACUAUCGAGCAUGUCUUGGGUAUUUAAUGAUAAACCAGUUUCUGGAAAGUCCAUGUAUCACUUCUACGAAGAGUACUGGCGACCAUUUGGUGAGCUUCUUGUUAAAAUGGAACGUGAGGGUAUGUUGGUUGAUCGGAUGCAUCUUGCUCAGAUAGAGAAGGUUGCUAAAGCAGAGCAAGAGAUUAUUGCUAAUAGGUUUCGCACCUGGGCAUCUAGAUAUUGUGCUGAUGCCAAGUAUAUGAAUGUGGGAAGUGAUAGUCAGCUCCGCCAGCUUCUUUAUGGUGGGAUCCUUAACCGUAAGGAUCCAAAUGUGAGUCUUCCUGAUGAGAAAACUCUUAGAGUUCCCAAUGUCGAUAAAGUGAUUGAAGAAGGCAAAAAGUCUCCCACUAAGUUUCGCAGUAUUAAGCUGUGUAGCCUGGGUGUUAAGCUCCCUGCUGAGAUUUACACUGCCACUGGUUGGCCCUCCGUUAGUGGUGAUGCUUUGAAGACCUUAGCUGGGAAGGUUUCUGCAGAAUAUGAUUUCACAGAUGAUACCAAUGAUGGUGAUAUUGGUGAUAUCGAUAAUUCUCCUGAAAAAAUGACUGAUGUUGAUACAUCUGCAUAUGGAACCGCUUUUGCAGCAUUUGAGGAUGAGGAAAAGGGGAGGGAGGCAUGCCAUGCCAUCGCUUCAUUAUGUGAAGUUUGCUCUAUUGACUCUUUAAUAUCCAAUUUCAUUCUCCCCUUGCAGGGGAGUAAUGUGUCAGGCAAGAGUGAACGUGUUCAUUGUUCAUUGAAUAUUAAUACCGAGACUGGGCGGUUAUCUGCCAGGAGACCAAAUUUGCAGAAUCAACCUGCUCUAGAGAAGGACCGGUAUAAGAUACGUCAGGCCUUUAUAGCUGCCCCCGGAAAUUCCCUUGUUGUUGCAGAUUAUGGGCAGCUGGAACUUAGAAUUCUUGCACAUCUGGCUGACUGUAAAAGCAUGUUGGAUGCCUUCAAAGCUGGUGGAGAUUUCCAUUCAAGGACUGCAAUGAACAUGUACUCUCAUAUCCGUGAAGCUGUUGAAAAGAGAAAAGUUCUUCUUGAAUGGCAUCCUCAACCUGGCCAAGAGAAACCACCAGUUCCACUUCUAAAGGAUGCCUUUGCUUCUGAAAGAAGAAAAGCUAAAAUGCUCAACUUUUCCAUCGCCUACGGAAAAACUCCUGUUGGGCUUGCUAAGGAUUGGAAGGUUUCUGUAGAAGAAGCAAAGAACACAGUUAAUCUCUGGUAUAAAGAAAGACAAGAAGUGCUCGAAUGGCAGAAACAGCGUAAAUAUGAAGCUGAGAAGCUCGGGCGUGUUAAAACAUUGCUUGGAAGGACUCGCCGCUUCCCACCAUUUGCUCAGUGUACGUAUGCCCAAAAGGGUCAUAUUGAAAGAGCUGCUAUCAAUACUCCAGUGCAGGGAAGUGCUGCUGAUGUUGCAAUGUGCGCCAUGCUACAAAUAUUAAAAAAUGAACAACUAAAGGAGCUUGGGUGGAGGCUUCUUUUACAGGUUCAUGAUGAAGUAAUCUUGGAAGGACCAAGUGAGUCAGCUGAGAUUGCAAAAGCAAUUAUUAUUGAGUGCAUGUCAAAACCCUUCAAAGGAGGAAAGAACAUUCUAAAAGUUGAUCUAGCGGUUGAUGCCAAGUGUGCUCAAAACUGGUAUGCCGCCAAAUAGAUAGUGAUUCUGGCUCAGAUGGAUGUAAGUGUUGAUUUCAAACACUUUGUUGCAAGAUGCUUUUUUCCCUUGAAGAGGUAUAUUGGUGCUCGAAUCCUCUGCUGCAUUAAUGAAACAUCUAGGGAUUCUUACUUAGGUAAGCAUGAGCUGUGUGGCAUUUCCUCUUCUGUUCAAUGAUGAGGCCCUCAGGGUUCUUUGUGGAUGGGCAUGCUUUGGGGCUGUAGUUCCUUUUUGAGGGCCUAGGGAGUGUAGGGCCAUGUGUAUAGAAAAUUUAUUGUUCUCUGGUUAGUUCCUUGUAAAAUUCUGACAGUACUGAUUCUUUUUUCUUCUCCUAAGUGAGAAAUGAAGGUAAAGCUUGAUUGCGUUUCCUUCUAUGUAAUUCUUAUCUAUAGUUUUAUAGGCUGGAUAGUCUUGAGUGUUAAUAGAAAUGUAAAGCCUCAACCUUUAGAACAGCCUGUCUUGGUAAAAUGCCACAUCUGUGCCUGGUUGCCUUGUGUUGAUCAGGGAAAAUAUGGAAAAUAGAAGAAAAACCUGAUAAGAACUGGUUGCUUAGCCUUUCUGAUACCUAGGAUUUAGGCUCAACCAUAUUAGAAAGGCAGCAAUCAGCAUGGAACUGAUGCUUAUGUGAACUGUUACGGCCUGAAGCUCUGGAAAUGCUAAAGUUUGACUGGAUGGAUUUUGCACGUGAUAUCAUGACAUUGAUCACAAUUCCAGGCUCUGCUUCUACUUCUUUAGAGGGAUGUUGUGUAUUGUUACCGUACCAAUACCACUGAUCUUGUUACCAGAAAAUAUUUGAAAUAGAAUGUCUAGAGGCCUAGUCUUGUUCAAACAAACCCUGAUCCCAGUCCCAGCAUUAGGAUUUUUCCCCUUAAUUCAAGACACGACUAACCAUUAAGCUAUUGCCUCAACCAGAAUCUACCAAUUCAUUGAAGUAACUAUUAGGUUUGUUUUGAUAGAGUUUAGUCUUACCUCCAAACAUUUUCAACUUUUGGUCAAAUUUGGAAACCAAGUGCAUUUUGCAAGCUUUUGAGAAUGUAAUAUUACUCUUUACAAUAAUCUUUUCAAGACAAAUUUCUUGACUAAAAGGUAUAUCACUCAGUUACAUUUACAUCAGAGGCCACUAUCUUACAUGUUAAACAAAAAUGUGCAAGUAGCAUUUGCCAGGCUUGAAUCAAUCAAUAUUUUUUAGCACAAUGCCAUCAUAGCUAUUUG